AUGAGUACUUCUGGUGAUGACGACCUUGGACUCUGCGAUCUGAUGCCUCGCUCUCCCUCGCCCGAGCCCAUCCCCUUCUCCUUUGCGACCUACACCCUCCCUUCGGGCUUUGCUCUUCCAUCCGGCGAGACAGACAUCUCGAUCCGGCUCGUCGGAACCCACCCACUGUGGGGCCACCAUUUGUGGAACACGGCCCGCGUAACGACAAACUACAUCCUCGCCCAUCCGGAACUUACAAAGGGCAAACGGGUAUUGGAACUCGGGGCUGGGGGUGCCCUUCCCUCUCUUGCCGCAGCCCUUGGAGGAGCGACCUUUGUCGCAGCGACAGACUACAACGAUGCGGCCCUAUUGGAGAAUAUCGCCUUCAACGUGGCUUCCAACCUCGAUCACCAGUUAGGUGACCGGGUUGAGGCAAUUGGACACACAUGGGGCGCGGACGUGGCCCCCCUCCUUGAGGGUGGGAAAUAUGAUCUCGUCAUCCUCUCCGACCUGGCCUUCAACCACUCCCAACACCCGGCCUUGAUGAAGACGUUAGAUGCCACCCUGGCUGACGACGGCAUCGCACUCGUCUUCCUCACCCACCACCGACCCAGGUUUGCUGAGGCGGACAUGGCGUUCUUCCCAAACCUCGCUAAGAAGGGGUACGGGUAUGAACGGGUGGUGGAGGAGUAUACUGGGGCCAUGUUCCAGGACGAUCCGGGAGACGAGAGGGUGCGUGGGACCGUGCAUGGGUUCAGGUGCUGGCGGGAUGAGAGUGCCAAGGUCGAUGAGGAGGAGGAGUAG